GCAGACUGCUGGGGGUGGUCCUGGUAGCCGACGCUAUUGGGGGCGGUUCGGUAUCCGUAGCUGAACGCUGGCAUUAGCCGGGUCUGGCAGGGGAGCCGGGAUACAGGUUUGAUGUGGCAUCUACGCAGUUGGCAGUAACCGCUGCAAGGAAGUAAAGCUCAGCAUGGCAGACAUUGAUAACUUCUGGUUGCUACCGCUACUGGUAGUUUUCCUGGUCACCGUGGCGCAUUCAGAAGACCUUGUGAACAUCACCUCAAACCACACAGAAAUGGGGUUGGAGUCUUUGCCUGUGAUCACUUCAAGAGUAGAUCAUAUCAUUGUCAAGGAGGGGAGCAGCGUGGUAAUCGAUUGCAAUGUUGAAGGAAGCCCAGGUCCUCGCUUUCAAUGGUACCAUUCUAAUCAACAUUUACUCAAAGAGGAAAACGCAGGAAGAUGGUGGAUUCUGGACAGUGGGCUUUUAAAUAUCACCAGUGUAACAUUCGACGACCGAGGUAAAUACACUUGUGUUGCUACAAAUGCCCAUGGUAGCGUGAAUAACACGGUCACACUGAGGGUAGUUUUUACUUCCGGGGAUAUGGGCAUCUACUAUAUGAUUGUCUGCCUUGUGGCAUUUACCAUUGUGAUGGUGCUGAACAUUACUAGGCUGUGCAUGAUGAGCAGCCACCUAAAGAAGACGGAGAAGGCAAUAAAUGAGUUCUUCCGGACAGAAGGUGCAGAGAAAUUGCAGAAAGCCUUUGAAAUUGCAAAGCGAAUCCCUAUCAUUACUUCUGCUAAGACACUUGAGCUUGCUAAAGUAACUCAGUUUAAAACAAUGGAGUUUGCCAGAUAUAUUGAGGAGCUGGCCAGGAGUGUUCCCUUACCUCCGCUUAUAAUGAACUGCAGAACUAUAAUGGAGGAGAUAAUGGAGGUGGUUGGCAUGGAAGAACAAAGUCAUAUAUUUGUAGGACAAGGAGCAGUUGCCGGACAGGAUGUUUGUGAUGGAGAAGAUGUUUUUACUAUCCGUAACGGUAUACAGAGGAGCGAUUCCCCAACAGCGGAUUCAGAUGCGUCUUCUCUUCAUGAGCCUCCUCGGCAGAUAGCAAUAACAGUUUCUGUCCACCCACUGGUAUCAAAACCAUGUUUGGACACGGAAUCCCAGGACAGCAUACAUUCGAACCUAACGGAAGAAGCGCCACCAACAGCCCACCAACAAAUUGCUGAGAGCAGCGAGUCUUUGUCCGAUGGUCCAGCUGCUUGCGUCAUUUAUGAAAGCCAUGUUUAAAUAUACUUGGAGUCCUGUGACUAUCACUAAAGACACUCGGAGCACCUUAUAGAGAAGUUCUUUAACUAUUGCCACAUAGCCUUAUUAGAAGAAUGUACCAUCAUCCCCAGACCCCAUAUCACUGUGUGGCCGAAUGGCUGCGUUGUUUGCUGCUAUUAGUGCAGCUAUAUUGAGUCUUACAGGAAAUUAUGGUAUAUAUUGCUGGAUACCAACUUGUCCUACUUAGGCAUUUUAUAGGGAAACAUUGUUAUCGCACUUCUGUCCUUUAGUUAUGUAUUUAUCAUUUUGUAUUUGGGUCUCUUUUACAUGUUUCAUUCUGGUCAUUAAACACAUCGUAAUAUUGAAGUAUUUGUUUUAAAAGCCAUUAUCACUAACUAUGGAUGCCACCUUUGUCUACAAAAA